AUGGCUCCAAGUCUGUCUUCAAGUGCUAAUGAUACCACACUAGAACCUAUAGCAACUGAAAAUGCAGCAAUCCGCCAGAAGAUAGUGGAUUCCCAGUUCAGAUGCUAUGAGAGGAUGAACAGAGAGCCGCCUUAUGCAAAAAAAGGUCUGUUCUGUAACCGUACAUGGGAUGGAUGGCUCUGUUGGGAUGACACGCCUGCUGGAGAAGAAGCUGAACAAAAUUGUCCUGAUUAUUUUCCAGACUUUGAUCCAACUGAAACAGCCUCAAAGUCCUGUGAUGAGAAUGGAAAUUGGUUCCGGCAUCCUGAAAACAACCGGACUUGGUCUGAUUACACACGGUGCAAUUCUUUCACAAAUGAAAAGCGUAAGAUGAUAAUGAUACUAUAUUAUAUGGCUAUAGUAGGACAUGCACUGUCUAUAACUUCCCUGUUGAUUUCCUUGGGGAUUUUCUUCUACUUCAAAAGCCUCAGCUGUCAAAGGAUAACACUGCAUAAGAAUUUGUUUUUUUCUUACGUUCUGAACUCUGUGUUUACACUCGCCUACCUCAUUGCUGUUGUGUCUGAACCAGGUCUGGUAAAAAAAGAUCCAGUAAGCUGCAAAGUACUCCAGUUUUUUCACCAAUACAUGCUGGGCUGCAACUAUUUCUGGAUGCUUUGUGAAGGCAUUUAUCUUCAUACGCUCAUUGUAGUGGCAGUAUUUGCUGAAGAGCAGCGUUUGCAUUGGUAUUACCUCUUGGGCUGGGGGUUUCCUUUAGUACCAGCAUCAAUUCACGCUGUGGCAAGAGCAAAAUACUUCAAUGAUAACUGCUGGAUGAGUGUUGACACUCAGUUGCUGUAUGUCGUUCAUGGGCCAGUGAUGGCAGCUUUAUUGGUCAAUUUUUUCUUUUUGCUAAACAUUGUCCGAGUUCUUGUCACGAAGCUAAGAGACACUCAUCGGGCUGAGUCCAACAUGUACAUGAAAGCCGUCCGAGCCACUUUAAUCCUUGUGCCCUUGUUAGGAAUUCAGUUUGUCAUUAUUCCUUGGAGACCGGAAAACAGACUGGCUGGAGAAGUCUAUGAUUACGUCAUGCACAUAUUAAUGCAUUACCAGGGUUUACUUGUGGCAACUAUUUUCUGUUUUUUCAAUGGAGAGGUCCAAGGAGCUCUGAAAAGGCAAUGGAUGCAGUAUAAAACCCAAUGGGGUCAAAGACGACGAGAACAUUGCUCUACACGAUCUACCUCCUAUACAGCAACAUCUAUUACAGAGGUCCCUGUUUAUCUAUAUCCCCAUGAAUCCAACAGUGAACAGUUUAAUGGAAAAUAA